GUGGCUGCCUGAGUUGCCCGCGACGGCUCUGCCCGCCGACGGCACGUCUCUCGGCGGCCGCGCGUUCCGGGGAAGUUACGUGCGGGAGCAGGCUUUUGAGGAGACGCCCGAGGGCGGAGGGGACAGCUGGAGGCCCUGGUACUGCGGAGCGGCGAGCCGACCGAAGGCGGCGGAGGCCGAGCAGGCGGCCGGGUGUGCCCCGCGGAGAAGCCCGGGCGGGGCGGACGCUUCCCGGACUUUUGUCCCACUUGAAUCCCCUCCCCGUGGGCCGGGCCUUUCCGGCCUCCCCCGCCCCUGCUCCGCUCGUCCCCGGGAGAUGUUUAUGCGGACGGUGGCGUGAGGAGCGGGCGGGCCGGCGGCGCGGAGUUUCGGGUCCGAGGAGCUUCGCGCGGCGCGGAGAGAGACAAGAUGUCCGCCAGGGCCGCGGCCGCUAAGAGCACAGCAAUGGAGGAAACAGCUAUAUGGGAACAGCACACAGUGACUCUUCACAGGGCUCCUGGGUUUGGAUUUGGAAUUGCAAUAUCUGGUGGAAGAGACAACCCUCAUUUUCAGAGUGGGGAAACCUCCAUAGUGAUUUCUGAUGUGCUAAAAGGAGGGCCAGCUGAAGGACAGCUACAGGAAAAUGACCGAGUUGCAAUGGUUAAUGGAGUUUCAAUGGAUAAUGUUGAGCAUGCUUUUGCUGUUCAGCAGCUAAGGAAAAGUGGGAAAAACGCAAAAAUUACCAUCCGAAGGAAGAAGAAAGUUCAGAUCCCUGUAAGUCAUCCAGAUCCUGAGCCGGUAUCUGAUAAUGAAGAGGACAGUUACGACGAUGAAGUACAUGAUCCAAGGAGUGGCCGCGGUGCUGUAGUUAACAGAAGGAGCGAGAAGAGCUGGGCGAGGGAUAGAAGUGCAAGCAGGGAGAGGAGCCUGUCCCCUCGCUCAGACAGGCGGUCGGUGGCCUCCAGUCAGCCCGCCAAGCCCACCAAGGUCACAUUGGUGAAGUCUCGGAAAAAUGAAGAAUAUGGUCUUCGAUUGGCCAGCCAUAUAUUUGUAAAGGAAAUUUCACAAGAUAGUUUGGCAGCAAGAGAUGGUAACAUUCAAGAAGGGGAUGUUGUCUUGAAGAUAAAUGGUACUGUGACAGAAAAUAUGUCAUUGACAGAUGCAAAAACAUUGAUAGAACGGUCUAAAGGCAAGUUAAAAAUGGUAGUGCAAAGAGACGAGCGGGCUACCUUAUUGAAUGUCCCCGAUCUUACGGAUAGUAUCCAUUCUGCUAAUGCUUCUGAAAGAGACGACAUUUCAGAAAUUCAGUCACUAGCAUCAGACCAUUCAGGUCGCUCACAUGACAGGCCUCCCCGCCGCAGCCAGUCACGAUCUCCUGAUCAACGUUCUGAACCCUCUGAUCAUUCCACACAGUCUCCACAGCAGCCCAGCAAUGGCAGCCUCCGGAGUAGAGAGGAAGAGCGAAUGUCUAAACCUGGGGCCAUCUCAACUCCUGUAAAACAUGUAGAUGAUCAUACACCCAAAGCGGUGGAAGAAGUUACAGUUGAAAAAAAUGAGAAGCAGACACCCACUCUUCCAGAACCAAAGCCUGUGUAUGCUCAAGUUGGACAACCAGAUGUGGAUUUACCCGUCAGCCCUUCUGAUGGUGUUCUGCCUAAUUCAACUCAUGAAGAUGGGAUUCUUAGGCCCAGCAUGAAACUGGUAAAAUUCAGAAAAGGAGAUAGUGUGGGUUUGCGACUAGCUGGUGGAAAUGAUGUCGGAAUAUUUGUAGCUGGCGUUCUAGAAGAUAGCCCUGCAGCCAAAGAAGGCUUAGAGGAAGGUGAUCAAAUUCUCAGGGUGAACAAUGUAGAUUUCACAAAUAUCAUAAGAGAAGAGGCUGUCCUUUUCCUCCUCGACCUCCCUAAAGGUGAAGAAGUGACCAUAUUGGCUCAGAAAAAGAAGGAUGUUUAUCGCCGCAUUGUAGAAUCAGAUGUAGGAGAUUCAUUCUAUAUUAGAACGCAUUUUGAAUAUGAAAAGGAAUCUCCUUAUGGACUUAGUUUUAACAAAGGAGAGGUGUUCCGAGUCGUGGAUACCUUAUACAACGGAAAGCUGGGCUCUUGGCUUGCCAUUCGAAUUGGCAAAAACCAUAAGGAGGUAGAACGAGGCAUCAUCCCUAAUAAGAACAGAGCUGAGCAGUUAGCCAGUGUACAGUACACACUUCCAAAGACAGCAGGUGGCGAUCGGGCAGACUUCUGGAGGUUCCGAGGUCUUCGAAGCUCCAAGAGAAAUCUUCGAAAAAGCAGAGAGGACUUGUCAGCUCAGCCAGUUCAAACAAAGUUCCCAGCUUAUGAAAGGGUUGUUCUUCGAGAAGCUGGAUUCCUAAGACCUGUAACCAUCUUUGGACCAAUAGCUGAUGUUGCCAGAGAAAAGUUGGCAAGAGAGGAACCGGAUAUUUAUCAGAUUGCAAAAAGUGAACCACGAGAUGCUGGAACUGACCAUCGUAGCUCUGGAAUUAUCCGCCUUCAUACAAUAAAACAGAUCAUAGAUCAAGAUAAACACGCUUUAUUAGAUGUAACGCCAAAUGCAGUGGAUCGUCUUAAUUAUGCGCAGUGGUAUCCAAUUGUUGUGUUUCUCAACCCUGACUCUAAGCAAGGCGUAAAAACAAUGAGGAUGAGGUUAUGUCCAGAGUCCCGGAAAAGUGCCAGGAAGCUAUACGAACGGUCUCAUAAACUUCGUAAGAAUAAUCACCAUCUUUUUACAACUACAAUUAACUUAAACUCAAUGAAUGAUGGUUGGUAUGGUGCCCUGAAAGAAGCGAUUCAGCAGCAACAGAACCAGCUGGUGUGGGUCUCUGAGGGGAAGGCGGAUGGUGCUACAAGUGAUGACCUUGAUUUGCAUGAUGAUCGUCUGUCCUACCUGUCAGCCCCAGGUAGUGAGUACUCAAUGUAUAGCACGGACAGUAGACACACUUCUGACUAUGAAGACACAGAUACAGAAGGCGGGGCCUACACUGAUCAAGAACUAGAUGAAACUCUUAAUGAUGAGGUGGGGACUCCACCGGAGUCUGCCAUUACACGGUCCUCUGAGCCUGUAAGAGAGGAUUCCUCUGGAAUGCAUCAUGAAAACCAAACAUAUCCUCCUUACUCACCACAAGCGCAGCCACAAGCUAUUCAUAGAAUAGACUCCCCUGGACUUAAGACAGCCUCUCAACAGAAAGCAGAAGCCUCAUCUCCAGUCCCUUACCUUUCGCCUGAAACAAACCCAGCAUCAUCAGCCUCUGCAGUUAACCAUAAUGUAAAUUUAACUAAUGUCAGCCUGGAGGAGGAGCCCACCCCAGCUCCUCCCACCUCGCACGUAUCACAAGCUGAUUGCUUAGGAGCACCAAGUACUGAGGCAGCUCCCAUAGUGCUCAGAGCUGAAGGACCGCCAUUGCCGUCGCAUGUAGACCCAGCAAAGGUGUAUAGGAAGGAGCCAUAUCCUGAAGAAAUGAUGAGACAAAACCAUAUUUUAAAACAACCAGCUCUUGGUCACCCAGGGCAGAGGCCAGAAAAAGAGCCAAAUCUAGCCUAUGAUCCCCAACUUCCAUAUGUGGAAAAACAAGCCAGCAGAGACCUUGAGCAGCAGUCAUACAGGUAUGAGUCCUCAAGCUACGCAGACCAGUUUUCUCGGAACUAUGACCAUCGCCUACGAUUUGAAGAUCGAAUCCCUACCUAUGAAGACCAGUGGUCGUAUUAUGAUGACAAACAGCCCUACCAACCUCGGCCUUUUGAUAAUCAGCAUCCUCGAGACCUGGACUCUAGACAGCAUCCUGAAGAGGCUUCAGAACGAGGUUAUUUCCAGCGUUUUGAAGAGCCAGCUCCUCUGCCAUACGACAGUAGAACACGCUACGAGCAGCUGCCACGAACUUCUACACUCCGACAUGAAGAGCAGCCAACCCCUGGAUAUGAGGUGCACAACAGGUACAGGCCAGAAGCACAGCCCUAUUCUUCAGCAGGUCCUAAGUCAUCUGAGCCCAAGCAGUACUUUGACCAGUACCCACGAAGUUAUGAGCAAGUACCACCACCAGGAUUUACCUCCAAAACAGGCCAUUACGAGCCUCUCCAUGGUGCUGCAGUUGUUCCUCCUCUGAUACCUUCCUCCCAGCAUAAGCCAGAAGUUCUGCCCUCAGCUACCAAACCACAGCCUCCACCCCCAACUCUAACUGAAGAAGAGGAGGAUCCAGCAAUGAAACCACAGUCUGUGCUCACCAGAGUCAAAAUGUUUGAAAACAAAAGAUCUGCGUCUUUGGAGAACAAGAAAGAUGUGAAUGACACUGCCAGCUUUAAGCCUCCAGAAGUAGCAUCUAAACCUCCAAGUGCUUCUCUUUCUGGCCCUAAACCUGUUCCUCAGAAUCAGUUUAGCGAGCACGACAAAACACUCUACAGGCUCCCAGAGCCUCAGAAACCUCAAGUAAAGCCACCCGAAGACAUUGUUCGAUCAAAUCAUUAUGACCCUGAAGAGGAUGAAGAGUAUUACCGGAAACAGCUCUCUUACUUUGACCGAAGAAGUUUUGAAAGCAAGCCUCCUGCACAUAUUCCUGCUGGCCAUCACUCAGAGCCUGCCAAGCCAGUUCAUUCUCAGAGUCAGCCAAAUUUCUCUAGUUAUUCUUCAAAGGGAAAACCCGAAACUGAUGCUGUGGAUAGAUCAUUCGGUGAGAAACGUUAUGAUCCAACCCAGGCCACGCCUCCUCCUCCUCCACUGCCCUCACAGUACAGCCAGCCAGCUCCACCUCUGUCCAGCUCUUCUCUCCACAUACAUUCCAAGGGCACCCAGGGUGAAGGCAGUUCAGGAUCGUUGGAUUUUCAGAACUCAUACAUGUCCAAACCAGACCCACCCCCACCUCAGAGCAAACCAGCAGCUUUCAGACCACCAGCCCGAGAAGACCCUCCUCAGACUUUCUAUCCCCAGAAAAGUUUCCCAGACAAAGCUCCAGUUAAUGGAGCUGAGCAGACUCAGAAAACCAUCCCUCCAGCAUACAAUCGAUUCACACCAAAGCCGUACACAAGUUCUGCCCGGCCAUUCGAACGCAAAUUUGAAAGUCCAAAAUUCAACCAUAAUCUUCUGCCCAGUGAAACUGUACAUAAACCUGAAUUGUCUUUAAAAACUCCCACUUCUCCAAAAACUCUUAUGAAAGCUCAUAGUUCAGCACAGCCUCCUGAGUUUGACAGUGGAGUUGAAACUUUCUCUGUUCACACAGAUAAGCCUAAAUAUCAAGUAAAUAAUAUCAGCACCAUGCCUAAAGCUGUUCCUGUGAGUCCUUCAGCUGUGGAAGAAGAUGAAGAUGAGGAUGGUCAUACUGUAGUGGCUACAGCCCGAGGCAUCUUUAACAGCAAUGGUGGUGUGUUGAGUUCCAUAGAGACUGGUGUUAGUAUAAUCAUCCCACAAGGAGCCAUUCCUGAAGGAGUCGAGCAAGAAAUCUAUUUUAAAGUCUGCAGAGAUAAUAGCAUCCUCCCACCUUUAGAUAAAGAGAAAGGUGAGACUCUGCUGAGCCCCCUAGUGAUGUGUGGGCCCCAUGGCCUCAAGUUCCUGAAGCCCGUGGAGCUGCGCCUGCCACACUGUGACCCUAAAACCUGGCAAAACAAGUGUCUUCCUGGAGAUCCGAAUUACCUUGUUGGAGCCAACUGUGUGUCUGUCCUGAUUGACCACUUCUAAUUGUUAGCGUAUAGGAACUGGACUAAGCAGUGUGAACAUGGACUGAGCUUACUAAAUCUAAAUGGAGGAACCACUCUAAUGAGUAUUCUAUUUUCUUAGAAUUGAUACUGCAAUUCGUAGUAUUAAGCGUUUGUUGGAACUGAUGAAGGUUAGUGAGCAUGCCCCUGAACCACGGUCAGAAAACAUGCUACAAGCUAUGUGUUAUUGAGUGAAGAACUGUCAGGCAUUGGCUAGAGGUUCAAAGAUAUUUUGCUUUAUAAUGAUUUUUGUACUUUUUUAUGGUCACUGCUUAACUUCACAUACUGAUUUCCGUUAAAAAUACCAGCCAGUAAAUGGGGGUGCAUUUGAGUUCUGUUCUUUCCAAAGUACACUCAAACUUUAUUAUGGCCUUGGCCUAGCAUAUACAUUUUAUUUUAUUAUGCAUGAGGUAAUGUGCACACAUUUUUUACAAAUGCACCUGGAAUAUAUAACCAGUGUAGUGGAUUUAACAGAAAUGUACAGCAGGGGGAUUUAUAACUUGGGGAGGGAGGGUCAAAUGAAGACAAUUACUCAUUGUAUAUGAAAACACAUUUCUCUUAGGGAAGGACACCAAAGCAUGUGAGCCUGGUUCCAUGGCCUCUGACUCUAUAAAUUAACAUAUCACCACAGACAUCUAACCAGCAGGAAUGCCUUACCCUCAUGGUUUUAAUUCUUAGAUCAUUUCGCUGUGUAUUACUAAGUUUUUAUGAGUUUUGUGCAUAUCUAGAUACUGUAUCAUGGAAAAGACUGAGUAAAUUGUGGACUUGAUGGUUUCAGAAAUGUGUGAAUCACCCGGAAGAAAAUAAUGGUGUGACUUAAAAUUUUUUUUUUUUUGACAAGGGGGAGUGGUGGUCUUCUGUUUUUGGGCUAUGCAUCUGAGGUGUUUGAUGUUUUCAGGACGCAUGUACAUAAUGCGUGCAUACCACUUUUGUUCUUGGUUUGUAAAUUAACUUUUAUAAACUUUACCUUUUUAUACAUAAACAGAACCAAGUUUCUAAGGCUACCUUUGUAUUCUCUCCUGUACCUCUUGAGCCUUGAACUUUGACCUCUGCAGCAAUAAAGCAGCAUUUCUACACAUACAAGGUCAUUUUUUUAAGAAAAAGAAUGCACAGAGUUGUUACAUUUUUAAGUGCUGCAUUUAAAAGAUACAGUUACUCUAGUUUGAUUAAAUUCUUGCAAAGUAUCCCUUCUGUAAAAUUUGUGAUACAAUACCGUGCCCUAAAGUGUAUUUUUUUACUAAUAGACAGUUUAUUAUGGCACAUCAGCACGAUUCCUGUUUAGAUAAUACACCACUACAUUCUGUUAAUCACUAGGUGUGAAAGGAUUUCUUUUGUGGUUAUUAAAAAUCUCAAAUUUCUAAAUCUGCAAGAAUAAAACUUUUUAAAAUACAA